UUUAUUAUUUGGCUUUUAUCAUAUAGAUUUGGGACCAAUUCGGUUUAUGUUUUACAAGGCCCUGGUGGCCAAGCUUGGAGUCCGGUGCCGGAUUUCGAUCCUUUGCAAAAUUCCUUCCACAUCCUCGUAUCCGCAUCGCCGAAAGAUGCUCAGCUAUGCCGUACCAUUACUUCAUCGAUGAUUCUCGAUUACCCGCCCUUGACGCUCUUAAGACCGAAACCAGAGUCCAGGAAAGGGGCUACCGCUAAGCAGGCCGCGGUCGAGAAGGUCGAAUCCAUGCUCACUUUCUUAAAAACAAAUAAACGAAUUCGAGAAAGAGAUCUGCUGUUGAUAGUGGACAGCAAAGAUACUGUGUUUCAGCUACCGUCCGAUGUUCUCAUCAACCGUUAUUUGGAGAUAACCCGGCGGAAGAAUGAACACUUGAAAAGCAAAUACGGCACCAAGGUAAUUGUUGACCCUGAAAACGAGAGUAACCGUUGGGUGGUUCCGAAAUAUACACAGAAGGCCUUGUUCGCUUCUCGAAAGGACUGCUCGUCCAACGUUACCGACGGUGCCGCUUGUGCCAGUGUCCCGCAGUCUCCAUUGCCACCAGACAUAUAUGGCCCUAAAACGGAUAAGAAACGUGAUGGAACCCUGAACAGACCUCGUUGGAUUGAGUCAGGCGCUGUCAUGGGUCAAACAUCGGACUUGAUCCCUAUAUACGAACGGGUUUUGGAGGAAAUGAAAAAACAGCCGUUACGCGCCAAUGAACAAUUGAUUUUCACCAACAUGUUUGGCGCACAAGAAUAUUCCAGAGAGAUAGAAAGAAGAAAGACUGGAAGUCCCCUCAAGGACUGGGUUUGGGAUUAUAUGGGAAUUUUAGACAGUACCAAUGUCACCGGGGUGCGAGCUCACAUACAACCGGGAAGCCGACAUGAGUUCGGUAUGGGGCUUGAUUAUGAAGGACAGCUAUUUCUCAGCACGAGGAAGACACUUGGUGAUAUAGAGUGGUUGAGAUACCGAGACUCGCGCAAAGUAUCGUCUGUGCAAAUACAACACGGAGUCCCGCGAGAAGUACGAUUAAAUCUGCCGCUUGAUAUUGAACAGAACCCAUUGAACCCGUUCAAAAAGGUCAAGCUAUCAAGCAGUUUAUCUAGCAAAACUGCAAACAUGACAAGCAUUGACGUACUUCCACCUUCAUGGAACUUCACAUGGAAUGACCUACCUCUCGUUACAUACAUUCAAACAGCAGCAGUACCUGCCAUCAUUCACACUAGUGGAGAGACAAGCGUCCGACAAACUUUCUGGCUCAACUCGUGGUUCCACCCUUGGGCUCGAGCGUUAUUACGCAACUAUUUGCGAUCUGCACCAAAGAUACAGCCGGGGCGCCAGAUUUCGACUUUAGGAGCCACAGAUUUACUAAAACAUCCUGACAGAAAAGGUGGCAUGUGGACUGACAACGACGAAUGGAUGAGUUUCGAGGACCUUUGCUCUGGUCUCGAAACCCCAAUGUUCGACGAUGAGCUCGGACCCUGGGGCAACGAGAAACCGAGCGCACUUCGCGCAGUCUACAAUCUUUGGGGCAAAUUAAUGGCCGGGAAAGGACGCAAAUAUGUGAAAUUGGGCGAAAUGGGAUCUGAAGCCGAGGAAAUAGAGAGAUUCAUACUUGGGGUAGAUGAGGACGAGGAGGAAGAUCCUGAGCUAGAGUGAGGUACUCUUCGAGCGAGGUAUAGUGAUCAUCAUAUCAGUUCCUCUGUACAUUAUUUCACACUUUACUUCUCGUUUUGGGCUGAAUGACCGUCCUUGAAGUGCCUGAGAUUUCUAUUCUCAGAUGGAACACCACAAGCAUCAUAGACACCAAAAAUUUGUGUAUAUUAGCAAUUGUAUCUAUAUUUAUUUUACCCAUUUAUUUCAGUCUUCCC